GCAAUUGGAGCUCUGUGGGUGCCAGCUGCGUGCAAGCUGAGACUGGACGAAGGGAGCCUGCAGACAGAACUCCUGCCUUGCAAUAUUUUCUCAAAGAAAUGUAUCCAGAAUGAAGAAAAGAGGGGUUGAUUGCAAACAGAAGCACAUUUUGCACUGAAAUGGAGCAAGCAAUUGGUGAGCCAAUGAGGAACCUGGAUGCACAGACGGGUUUGACCAAGGACCUUCCCAAAGCCAAGAAAUGCACAGUGAUCGGGGGCUCUGGAUUCCUGGGCCAGCACAUGGUGGAGCAGUUGCUGGCAAGAGGCUAUGCUGUCAAUGUGUUUGAUAUCCGGCAAGGAUUCUAUAACCCACAGGUGCAGUUCUUUCUGGGUGACCUGUGCAGCCAGCAGGAUCUGUACCCAGCUCUGAAAGGUGUAAGCACAGUUUUCCACUGUGCAUCACCCUCGCCAUCCAGUAACAACAAGGACCUCUUUUAUAAAGUGAAUUACCUUGGCACCAAGAAUGUCAUUGAAACUUGCAGAGAGGCUGGGGUUCAGAAACUGAUCUUAACCAGCAGUGCCAGUGUCGUCUUUGAGGGUGUUGACAUCAAGAAUGGAACUGAAGACCUUCCCUAUGCCGCGAAGCCCAUUGACUACUACACGGAGACUAAGAUCUUACAGGAGAGAGUAGUCCUGGAUGCCAAUGAUCCUGAAAAGAAUUUCUUAACCACAGCCAUCCGCCCUCAUGGCAUUUUUGGCCCAAGGGACCCCCAGUUGGUCCCCAUCCUCAUUGAAGCAGCCAGGAAUGGCAAGAUGAAGUUUAUAAUUGGAAAUGGAGAGAACUUGGUGGACUUCACUUUUGUGGAGAAUGUGGUCCAUGGACAUAUCCUGGCUGCAGAGCACCUGUCCGGCAACACAGCGCUGGGUGGGAAGGCUUUUCACAUCACCAAUGAUGAGCCCAUCCGUUUCUGGACAUUCCUGUCCCGCAUCCUGACAGGCCUCAACUAUGAGGCCCCCAAGUACCACAUCCCCUACUGGCUGGCCUACUACCUGGCCUUCCUGCUGUCCCUGCUGGUGGCAGUGCUGAGUCCGCUCAUCCAGAUCCAGCCCACCUUCACUCCAAUUCGGGUUGCGCUAGCUGGGACAUUCCACUACUACAGCUGCGAGAGAGCCAAAAAGGCCAUGGGCUACCGUCCACUGGUCUCCAUGGAUGAAGCUGUGGAGAGGACUGUGAAGAGCUUUCACCACCUGCGGAAGGCCAGGUGAAGCCCUGGGCACUGUCACCACGUUCCCCAGCCAAUAACCCUGCCCCCAGAGAAAGUUGAAGCUUAAAUGACUGUGAUCCCUCCAAU